AGGUAAUCAAUAAUCAUAAUUCAUAUUAUUUGAGAUUUACAACAAUUUUUUCAAAUUUUAUUUAUGAAUUUAGUUAAUUUUCUAAUAUGUCUAAUUACUUAGCUGGUGGAAGAGUGAAUAUUAACCUGCUACAAGAAAACGCAGCUAAAGAUUUAAUAUGCUUAUUAGACAAGUGUGAUGGCCCUAAGGUAAAUAUUCUAGAUUAAAUUUGUAUUUAAUUAGUAUUUUAAUUAAAGUUAUAAAUAAUAUAUAGGUUAUAAUUCUGGACGAAGGCUUGACAAGACCUAUUGGUUUAAUAGCCACAUAUAGCCUGUUAAAAGAGCACAAUGUUAAAGAAGUAUUUAUUUUAAAUAGUGGCAAGUUAAGUAAUUUCCGAGAAAAGGUGAAAAAUGUUAUAUUUAUUACGAGACCAAUUUUAACUCAUAUGGAUAUGAUAAGUGAAAACAUCCAUAAGUAAAUAUCUAUUACAUUUAAUUUGCUUUAUUGAUAUAGAUUCACUUGUAUAGGUAGUUAAUUUAUAUGGAAGAAUUCUGACAUAUAAUUAUUUGUAUAUAUCAUUAAAUAUUCAUUUUUUUCUAGGGGAAGUAAAGAUGAUAAUAACCUAAGAGAUUAUCAUUUAUUUUUUGUUCCUACUCGUAGUUUAUUAUGUGAAAAACGUUUAGAAGUAAGUUAAUAUAAGAUAUGCGAGCUGUUAAUACAUUAUAAAUUAAAUACAAUAUCUAUGUCUUUGUUUCAUUUAAAAAAAAGUAUAGUCAAAUCCUUUAAUAGAACAUUUAUUUUUGGUUUUAAGUUUCUAUAGCUGUUGGUAUUCCUAUCCAUUUCUUAAACCAGGUUUACACAGUUAAUAUUUAACAUAUAUCUAACUUUAAAUAUUUUAAUAUUUAAUGGAUUUGUGAAUUAUGGGAUUACUAGAUGAAUAACAAAUUUUGUUAUCGUUGUAAAAAAUUAUGAAAAUACAUAACUGACCUAUUCAUGGUAUGUAAAAGAGAGAGACUUGAUAAAUAAAUAAUUUAGUGUUUCUUGUAUGUAGUAGCACAAUUUAAACAACUGUUAAACUUAUUCAAUAACUUCUGAAUUAUAAAUUAUAGUUAUUUCGAUAUAAUAUUUUGGUAGGUUCAAACAAAUUUUUGAAAUUGCCAACAAACUUUGGAUAUUUGAAAAAUAUCUGUAAAUUAGACUUUUUAGUAUUUUUAGACUUUUCAAAAUCAUACAUAAUUUUUUUCAUAUUUCUAAUGAUUUGGGAAAUAAAUUGAUUUAUUUAUUAAAGACUUCAAAUUAUAAAACUAAUUUUAUGGUUUACUUAAGUUACUAUCUAUGUAUUAUUAUUUCUUAUUCAAAAUAAUCAAUUCAACAAAUUCAUAUUAUAAAAUGAAUAAAUUACAAAGGCUAAUCAUAAAUUAUAUUAUGAAAACAUUAAAAUUUAACACCAUAAGAAUAAAUUUAAAAAAAAUUUUUUAUAAACCUUUAUCCUUAUAAUAUAUAUUAUUAUUAUAUUUUAUAAUUUGUUAAAACAAAUCUUUCAAAAAAUAUUUAUUCAUUAGUAUCAUUUUUAAGAUACAUUAAAUUAUUUUGAAUAAUGGUCUAUACAUAAAAAUUAGCUUUAUUUUAUUUGUUUAAACUUUGAAAAAAAAAAAAACUAUAUUUUAAACUAAUAUUAUUUUUAUAUUAUCAUAUUUUAUGCUAUGUUCACAGAAAAAAGGAGUUUUAGGAAAUUUGAUUUGUAUUGAAGAAUUUCGUUGUUUUUUAUUCCCUCUGGAAAAUGAUCUUAUGUCAAUGGAAAUAAAUGAUUGUUACAUGGUAAAAAUUACAUAACCCAUUUAAGCCUAUUUUUUUUGGAUUUAUCAUAAUAAAUAUAAUAAUGCUUUAUUAGUUCUUUUUAAAAUAUAUGCAAUAUUAAUUUUUUUAAAUUAUUAAUAUUUUUAAUUACAUUUUUAGGAAUUAACAUUAGAAAAUGAUCCAACUUGCUUAUAUCGUGUAGCUCAAGCAAUUGUUAUGCUGGAAGAUAUUUAUGGGCGUUUUAGUCGUAUGACUGGUAAAGGUCAAGUUGUCAAACAAGUGUGGGAUUUAGUAUCUAAAAUAUCUUUAGAACCUCGUAAACAAAAUUCAAAAGCUAAUAGAAAUUAUAAAAUUAUUGAUCAUCUUGUUUUAAUUGACCGUUCUGUGGACUUGAUGACACCAAUGGUUACUCAGUUAACAUUUGAAGGACUGAUUGAUGAACUUUUUGGUAUUGAUUGUUGUAAGUUUGUUUUAUCAGCCUUAAUUAAAUUAAAAUUGUAGAAUAAUGUCCAAAAAUGUUUGUCUUAGGUACUGUAGCACUACCAGCUGAUAAAUUUGUCUCUGAAGAAGAAAAUGUUAAUAUGUUAACCCAGAAAAAAAUCAUACUAAAUUCGAGCGAUGAGAUUUUCGCAGAAACUAGGUAAUCGUUUGAUAGAUUUCCAAUAUGGAGUCUAUUCAAAAAGUUCAAAUUGUUUGUAUUGUGUGCCAAGGAGCUAUAGGAUUGAUAUUGCUAACCUUGUUUUGAUGUGACUAAUAUUUUUUGAAAAUAUUUGUUUAGUAUUUGACAAUUUUAUAAUUAAUUCUAAAGAAGAGCAACUUGACAAGCUUAUUGGUGGCAGGAAUUGGAGAACAUUUGUAAAUAUUAAAAAACCAAACAGGUUUCUGUCAAACCUAAAUUUGACUAUGUUUUUUUUUAACUUUUUCAACAUUCUUAGGAUAAGUUGUUUUUCAUUAACAAUUUUUUGAGUGAGCCUUGCGAAAUUUUGCAUUUUUCUACCAAUAUUCUGUCAUCACAGUGGAAGAAAAAUCCUCUUUAACCUUUUCCAUCAAAAAAAAUCUCCUCUUUUGGAUUUCUUCCAAAAUGAUCAAACACAAUAAACAUUACUUGCUUCAAAACAAAGUAGAUUACUGAUAAUAAACAGAAAAACAACAUAUUUUAAAAUCUAAAAAAGUUCAAACAUUUCACUUCAUUAUUAGUUUUGGCAUUAACUAUCAAGUAAAUAAUAAAAUGAAUACAUUUUUUUUUUUUAACUAGAAACAAACAUUUUAAUGCUGUGCUAAUGAACUUAAGUGUAAGAGCCAAACAUAUAACUUCAGAAUAUGAUGAAAAUCGUAGCGGUAAAACAGUUCAAGAAAUGAAACAGUUAGUGUCAAGACUUCCUUACAUGUUGGCUCUAAAAAAACAACUUUCUACAUGUAAUCAUCCUGUAAUUAAUAUUUGUUUAGCGGUUAUUUAAUUUAAAUUAAAAAUAAUAGAAAAAAGUGAUUGCGUAAUAUUUAAUAUUAUUUUGAUCAGAUACCACAAUUGCCGGAUUGAUAAAAGAAUUGACUGACAAAUCAAGUUUUCGCGAUUUAAUUAAUCUACAACAAGAAUUAAUUUUGGGUAUUGAUUCAGACAAAGUAUUACCUCAGAUAGAAGAUUUAAUUUCUAAUAAAUUUGAUCUAAUAACAGUAACUAUAUUUAUAAAAUAUUCUUGUUUCUUUUUCUAAUUAUAAUAAUUGACAAUUUGUUUAGGUAUUGCGAUUGAUUUGCAUGCAAUCUGCUGUCAAUUCUGGAUUAAAGCAAAAGGUUUUGGAAUAUUACAAGAGGGAAAUUAUUCAAACCUAUGGUUUUAAACAUAUUAUUACUAUGACUCUUUUAGAAAAUGCUGGUCUCAUAAAAAUCCAAGUAAGCAAACGAUUGUUAAUAUAUUUUUGAAACGUGUAUUCUAUUAUAAAUACAAUAUAUUACUUAAGGCGAAUUCGAGGAGCUAUGCUCUUUGUCGCAGGUUAUUAAAAUUGGAUGUUUAUGAAAUGAGUGAAGUUGAUCCAGAUGAUAUUAACUAUGUUUAUGGAAUUUAUGCUCCACUAAGUGUCAGAUUGAUUCAACAAAUCUCUAAACCAGACAGUAAAGUAUUGUCUGAUAUUCUACCAUUAUUACCUGGACCUAGUAUAGAACAUGUUAGUUCCGACAUUGAUCAAAGUAAUUCAAUUUAUUUUAUAAUUAUUUGUACACCUAAAAUUUAUUAUAAUUUAAUUUUUACAGCUUCUAAUAUGAGUUUUUUGGUCGACUCUCAAAAAGUUGUACUGGUGUUCUUUAUUGGAGGAUGUACAUUUGCAGAAAUAUCUGCUCUUAGAUUUUUGUCAUCACUUGAAGAUUGUAAGUUACCAACCAUUAUUCGUUAUUUUUCCUGUUUAACUAAUUUUAAUUAUCUUUCAUUUUUAGCUACAAUUGAAUAUGUAAUCGCUACUACCAAUAUUACUAAUGGGAAUAGCUUUCUUAAAUCAUUAUUAAUUCCUGAAAUAAACAACAGUUUAAAUAAGUAAACUAUUAAAUUAGAAUUUAUAUAAAUAUUAUACUCAUAGCAUACUUAUUUAUUUGUCUUUGUUUAUUAAUACUUAAGUUUACAUAAGUUUUAACAAAACAUUGUUUUCAGAUUGAUUAUUAUUAUUAUUAAACAUAUUUCAAAUAAUAUAUUUAUAAUAAUUAUUUAUUUUUAUCUAAAAAUGAUUUACACGAUCUCAUACAUUGCUGAAAACAUUUUUCAAAUCCUCGAUUGUCGUUGUCGUAAUAUGGAUCUCUUAUGAUGGUAUCACCUUCUGGAUCAAAUGAUCCUAACAGCAGUACUUGUGCUUUUGAAUCUUUUGGUUUUAUGCGGUUGAUAUUAUCCAUAUUACUUUUAUCCAUUCCAAAAAUAAAAUUAAAUGUAUAAAAAUCUUCUUUUACCAAUUGUUUUGCUGAAUGUUCAAACUGUAUACCGUUCUUCCUUAAUACACUAAUUGUCCGUUCAUCUGGUGAACAGCCAACAUGGUAUCCUGCAGUACCAGCACUUUCCGCAUGCCAUUUGUUAGCUACACCUUUUUGUUUAGCUGCUUCUAUAAAUACUGCCUCAGCCAUCGGAGAUCGGCAUAUAUUUCCCAAACAGACAAACAAAACACUUCGUAUCUCACCCAUUUUUAAAUUAGAAUAUUAAAGUCAAAUGUAAUAUGUUGACUAAAUAAUAAAAUAAAAAUUUAUAUAACAAAUAUUAAACUUAAAACUAAUCUAUGGAUUAAAUUUUAACUGUUUAAAGGAUUACAGUAAUAUUUUACAGAAGAACCUUGAAAGACGUCAUUGUCCAACGUGACUAAUAAAUAUUAAUUUUAUUAUCUUAUUGACAUUUGACACA